AUGGGUUCUAGGCCAUUGAGCCUACAUAUUCCGGCUGGGAACUUCCCACCAGCUCGCCCUACGCUUGAUGAAGUUCUCCACAAUACCGCUCCCUACCCCUACACACUUUCAGCCUUCAUGGCGUAUCUCUCUCAGAAUCAUUGCCUGGAAACGCUAGAGUUUACCAUGGAAGCCAAGCGGUAUCGAGAUUCAUAUCGAUCCAUUGCUCGCAUGCUCGGCCAGAGCAUGGUUCCUCCUGACGCACCUCAAACGCAACAGCUGAUCAUGCUUUGGCGACGUUUAAUAUCAGCCUAUAUCGCGCCAGGUGCACCGCGUGAGAUCAAUCUAUCGUCAGCCGCGCGAGAUCCUUUACUCGCUAAUGCCCAUGCCGUGAUGGCACCACCUCCAGAACUACUUGAUCCCGCCGUACGAAUCAUGCACGAUCUGAUGGAAGAAUCGAUAUUCAUUCACUUUGUGAACAGCCAAACUUUUGGAACGCAGAUGCCUGGGAUGGAAUCUCCCUACGCAGAAGACCGCUCUCAUCGAGUUCGACGGACUACGUCCCGCUCUCACAGGUCAGGUUCUAGAGACGAUUCUACCUACCACCGCAUGUCAUCAUCUGCUCGGGUUGCAGCUCUAGUCAAGACGGGAAGCCAUUUGUCUGGCUAUAGUUCAAGCGGCGACUCUGGAUCUCCUGUCUUCACUGAUGAUUCUUUAUCAUCGAGCCCAAGUGCGAUGGAUCCAAUGACGCCGCCCACAACACCCCCCGGAAGUGAGCAUAACUACAGUCCACGAAACCGGUCUGAUACCACGUGGAAAAAGAUGGGGGCCAAGCUCGGCUUCAAAAAGCGACCGGGCAGCUCGAGCCGCGAUGGUAGAUGGGAGGAAUGA